AUGGCUGUGUCCGAAUUGCCCGGUAAUCCGAAUGCAGUUUGGACAGUUCGACGAAAUAUUGACGUUGAUCUGGUGAGUUAUAGUAGAUGGUGCGUAAUCCAAGACAAAAAGUCUAGCAGAAUUCCGUUUGAUUGCGUAAUACCCUCCAACGACAUACGGAUGCGAAAUGUGGUCACUGACAAAAGCAGAAUAGCAAACGGUGGCUGUUUCCUUAAAAUGUACCUAUCUAUUUUAGAUAAAUAUGAUUCUCACAUUGUUGUGUCAUUCGUCAAUGCAACACUGGUACUGUCGAUUGGUGAAACUGUUGAGGAAGUUACUGAUUCUGGUUUUCUUGGCACAACGCCAACACUUGGCUGCGCACUUAUUGGUGAUGAUGCAUUGCUGCAGGUUUAUCCAGAUGGUAUUCGUCAUAUUAGGGCUGAUCGUCGAGUGAAUGAAUGGAAGGCACCGGGGAAGCGUGCAAUUGUGAGAUGUGCAUUGAAUCGGAGACAAGUAGCAAUCGCGCUUGCUGGCGGUGAAAUUGUCUAUUUUGAGCUUGACGUGAGACGCGAACUUCCAGCUGACGUGCUGUGCAUGAGUUUAAGUGAAAUCCCAGAAGGCGAGCUACGAUCACGUUUUCUAACGAUUGGUCUGGCUGAUAAAACUGUACGAAUUAUAUCGUUGGAUCCACAGGACUGCCUUUCACCGUUGAGUGCAAAUGAUUUUGGCUAUUUUCAGAAUGGCUGCUUACUACGCACUACGGUGGAUCAAGUUACCGGUGAACUGACCGAUAACAGGACACGUUAUUUGGGAACAAGAAGUGUGAAGUUGUUCCGUGUUAAAAUUCAAAAUAAAGAUGCGAUAAUGGCAGCAUCAUCUCGUGCUUGGCUUCUCUACGAUUAUCAGAGUCGUUUUCAUUUAACGCCGCUUUCUUACGCAACACUGGAAUAUGCAGCAGGCUUCUCCUCAGAGCAAUGCCCAGAGGGAAUCGUUGCAAUCGCCGAAAAUACCCUCAGGCAAGUGACAAAUUUUCACAAUUUUUCAUUUUCCAGAAUUUUAUCAUUGGAAAAACUGGGUGCCGUUUUCAAUCAAGUUGUACAUCCACUGGAUUAUACACCAAGACGUAUGGUAGUGCACAAACCAUCAGGCAAUUUGGUGAUCAUUGAGAACGAUCAUGCAGCAUUUACAGCUAGAGGAAAAGAAGAACGUCGAAAGCAACUUGCUGAGGAGCUGCUAGAAGUAGCGCAAGAAGCCGAAGAAGCGGAUCAGCAAGCAGUGAGAGAAAUGGCUGAUGCGAUUCGUAACGAAAAAGUCGAUGAGCGGAUUUAUGGAUCGCCAAAAAAUCAGAAAGGCAAAUGGGCCUCAACAGUUCGGAUAAUGCGAAGCUCCGAUGGUGAAACGAUAUCUCACUUUCCUUUCGCCACCGAUGAAGCAGCAUUUUCGUAU